AGUGAGUACUGAGUAGGAGUGUAGGACUUUUUAAAACCAAACCCUCAAAAAUAAACAAAGAAAUAAUUAUCUGCUGAACACUUCCAUUUACAUCAUCAAUGGCGAUAAUUCCACAAGAUCAAGUAAAAUACAGUAGCAAUUUGUUGAUUACAUCCCAACAAUAUUUACCCUUAUUUUCAUGGGCUGGUAAGUAGCUAAAUUCUCCCUUAUUCUUUCUUUAUUUUGUGAUUAUAUUGUUCACUAUAUAUCUUUUCUUGUAUAACUGUAUUUUUGGCUUGCUGCUUAAUUCUCUGUUAAUAAUUGUAUAGUAUAAUUGCUUUAGUAUACCCAGAACUUAUAUUACCGGAACCUAUUUGUAUAUUGUUCAGGGUUAUUAAUUGUGAAUUUGAUCCUCUUUUUCUGGAAUUGAAUUGGGAUUUUCUGUUUUUGGGAUAUUGUGAAGUAAAAAUUAUUCUUCUCUUUUUUACAAUAAAUUAAUUACCCAGUUCAUUGAAUGCCUGUUAAUCCAACUAUGGUGUUGUUUAGUAAUUAGUAGUUGUAGGUAGUAUUACGGCUAAGUUAAGUUGAGCCUAAGACCAGCCGACAAGGAUUGGGGCUGAGCUCUUAUCGAAGGCGGGUUAUGGUAAACGUUAGGUAAUUUUUUGUUGUGUAUUGGUGCACAUCUUAUAAAAACGGUAUUUGAUGGUGAUUCUCUCUUUGUUGCAUAUGAAUUGGGAAGAGUCCUAUUUAUGUAACUUUGUGCACAUGUUUAGGAGUAAUAUUAUUAGGAUAGACGCAAGGAGAAGUGUGUUAGAAUUCUUAGAAAUGAGGGCUUUUAUAGGACUCUAAAUUAUGGGAUGGAGAGAGUAAGAUUUAUUGAAUAAACAAGAAGUUCUAAGUUGUAUAACAAUACAUUGAAAUCUUGAAUAUACGAGGUUACAAUGUAUGUAUAAACAAAAGAUCAGACGAGUUGAUCAUCACACUGGAUUUCACUGUUUUUUUUAUCAUCAAAGCAAAAAGCUGUAUUAGAGUUUACAAAUGCAUGAAGUCGGCCUUAGAAGGCAACCUUGUGAAGAAGUUGACUAGUAAUUUAGGAAACUUGAUGAUGCGGAGCCAUGUGUGUCUUAGUAGGUAAAAGCCGAGUAUAGCUGCAAUUAUCCUGAAUUCUAUGAAACAUAAUAGUACAGAGGUACAAAUAUAGAAAAGCAAAAACACUGGAGUUGCUCUAGGAUCUGCCCAGGCAAUUAGGGACUGAAACCUUUCACCUAUAGUAGCCGACUCCUCUAAUUCAGCUUGUAUCCUACUCCCUUUACUUCUGAGAUGAUCAUAUCUCAUCUUGACAGUAUAAGAUGGUUGGGAGGUUGGGAAUGUAUCAAACUCCUCAUCUUGAUCAUCGGGGUCAUCAAUAUCAGAAAGAGACAAGUGAGAGAUACGAGGUGGGUGCCAAGCACGUCGCCAUCUGUAGUCAGGGGCCGUUUCUGAGAUUUAGGAGGAUCGGGGCAAAAAAAUAUAUUUGGGCCCUAUAUUUAAUAACAUAAGUGUAUGAGAUAAAUUCCUAUUAUUGCUUUUUAAACCAACUAUCUAUUUUUUUGACGGUUUGUAUUACUAAAAUUUACAUCAUAUUAUUAAUUUUUUUUUUUUUAAUACAAAAUUAGGUGUUGUAAAAUACAUACUAUCUAUUAAAAACGUCAACUUUAUGUGAAUACAAAUACCUCAUCUGCCAAAAUUAAAAUAACAUUAAAAUUUAAGAUCGACCUUCUCCAGUAAUUGAAAUUCAUCGAUAAUAUCUUCGUGAUCCAAUAUCUAGCAAACAUAUUAAAAUAAUAGAGCAAAAAUGAUAAUUAUAUUGUUCUCCAGUAUAAAUUAUUAAAUGAAAAUAAAUGAAUUGAAAUAUGAAUUAAGGUAUUUUUUAAUUUGGAUACAAAUUCAAAUGUUUAAAUAAUAUACAGUAUAUUGUAUUUUCAAUUUCAGUGGGUCAUUGAUAGUAUAAGUAAUUUUGGUUUUUUUUUUUUACAAAUAGGAAAAAAUUGUGUUCUUCAAAUAGAAAGGGAUGAAUAAAUAAAAGAAAAGAAUAAGGAGGUUUUUAUUUUGAGGAAAUAUAAUGAUAAUGAGGUAACUGAAGUAGGUUAGUUGAAAAAAAAAAUUAAGCAGUUAAUGAGGAAAAACGUUAAUUAAAUAAAAUAAAUAAAUUUUAAAAAAUGAAGACAAUGAGUCUCAAACCUUUCCUUUGACCUUUGACCUGCCAAAGUGAAUAUAAGUUACUCAACCACCAGGCCACAAUAGAAAACAUAAUCAAUAUUGCAUGCAAAAUGUAUAUAAUCUUAUUCUAUAGACUGAAAAGCUAGAAAAAUUGGGCUCUUCCUAUCCGUGGGCCUUGGGCAUGUGCCCCGGUUGCCCUGGGUCAGCUACGGCCCUGUGACUGUAGUUCCAGAUGCUAAUCAAGAAGAGUGAGAAAAAGAUAAUAAAUGGCAAUGCCUUAGGGUAGAGCAAAAGAGUUGUGAGAAGAAUGUGGAAGAAAAUAGUCAGAAAAGGUCUCUCACGCUUAUAUAUCUGAUCAAACCAUCUUAGAAAAUUCAUGACUCUGAGGAAAUUUUCCUUGCUCUUUCUUAAACUCCAAAUAUUCAAGUCUACCUCUAGCAUGUAGUCAACUAUCUCCUUACCAAGCCAGUUUGAGAUUAUCUGAGUGGCUAUGUCUUUCAAGGGGUCAAGCUUCCGUACACACAAAUGGUGAAUGUAGUGCAUUUUAGGGAGCAGAGGUCUUGAAUAAAGUUGCAGCAUGUUAAUCCAUGGUACAAGUGCUGCUUACAACUAGUUUAAUUUCCCCUGUCUCUCCACCGCUGAGGAAUGCAGGACUAGUAGUAGGUACCUAUGCCUGUUAAUCUGUCCAGAUUCAAGGGUAGAAACACGAAUUCUGACCUUGCCCAUGCUAGAGUCAUUUGCCCCACCAUAAUCAUGAAAGUGAUAAUCAUCAAACACAGCAAUGGUGAUGAUUGUAAAUGGAUCAAAAACCUCCUAAAGAUGCUGUUCAUUUCGCAUUGGAUUAGAGCUAUCUGUAAUUGUCCAUGUUUGAACCCAUUUUGAUCCAUAGUUAGCGAUACAAUAAGCGUCAGUUCUGCUUCCAUUAUUCUUUCUCUUCAUUGGCAUUAAUCCUUAGCCCUUAUAUCUCCCGCUUCCAAGAUUCCAAUUGAUGUCCUCCACAGCUGCUUUAAUAGUUUGUCUAAUAAACAAGGUGAUGACACAGUCGAUUCCAGCAACGUACUAACAGCAUUGUGGGCGCCAAUUCUUCUCCUGCACCUUGGUGGUCUAGAUACUGUUACUGCUUACUCCAUGGAAGACAAUGCAUUGUUGUUGCGGCACUUGCUGGGGCUUUUAGUACAGGUAUUGGUUUCAUUUUACAUCUUUGUCUAGUCUUUGAGACUCACCCAGCUCAACUUUGUCGCUAUCCCAAUGUUUGUCUCUGGAAUCAUUAAAUUCGGAGAGAGAACCUGGGCUUUAAGGUCUGCAAGCAGUGACCAAUUCAGGGACUUGCUUCUUCCUAGCUUUGAUCCGGGCCCCAACUAUGGUAAAUUCAUGUAAGAAUAUGUUUUGAGAGAAGCUGAAGGAUAUAACAUUCAAUGGACGAAAAUGAAGGAUCCCAAGGUGGUUGUUCGUAGCUUAGUAACAGACAAUACAAGAGAUUGCCAUAUUGAAGCAGCAUCUAUUCCCAAAAGAGCUUAUGAAUACUUCCAGAUAUAUAAAUGCCUCUUUGCAGACCUUAUCCUUGGCUUUCAAGAGCUUGAGAUGAGCAAAUCUUUUUUCUUACACAGUGAAUGGAAAGAGGCGUUUAAUAUUGUUGAAAUUGAGCUUGCUCUUGUCUUUGAUUCUUUUUACACAAAGGCUGCCAUACACUACACCAGAUGGGGUCGCAUAUUACGGCUUAUCACUGUAUCUUCAACUUUAGUCACAUUGGCAGCCUACUACUUCUCACAAAAGCACAAGUAUUCUGAAGUUGAUGUGAUUAUAACUUACACUUUGUUGGUUGGAGCUGUUUCCCUUGAGAUUUUUGGCAUGGUUAUUUGGCUUUGCUUAGAUUGGGCCUUGAUAUGGCUGGACCAUCAUGAGAAGAUGCCAGUCAGGCAAAUCUACAAGGCCAUCUCAUGCCUUAAAAUUUUCAGUAGCGACAGUAAGUGGUCUAAUCACAUGAUGCAGUACAAUCUGAUAAAUUCAUGCUUUGAAGCGGAUGUGACUAAAUCAUGCAUACUGCUUUCCUGCUAUUUCUUUCGCAAACUCCAAUUCCGGACCAAAACAGAGCUAACAGAAAGAGUUCCGGACAUGUUGAAAAAAUACAUUUUCAAGCAGCUUCUUGAGUAUACAUCAGAUUUGAAGGAAGAUAAGGCAUUUUGCACUUCCCGAGGUUCAAGGGUUCUGGAUAGAUAUUAAUCACAAGAUCUCAACUGGAGCAUUGAGAAAGAAUUUGAUCAAAGCAUCCUUCUUUGGCAUAUUGCCACUGAUUUAUGUUAUCACGCAGAUGAAAACUCGGGACCUGAAUCAGCUUGCUAUGUUGAAUGUCAAGUGAGCAAGCUGUUAAGUUAUAUGUUGUACCAUUCAUGUUGUACCUACUAGUAAAAAGACCAUUCAUGUUGCCGAAUGGAAUAGGGAAAAUCAGGUUUCAGGAUACUUGUGUAGAGGCAAAGAAUUUUAUUCAGGAAAGAUCUGUGAAGGAUGCUAAAACAGCCAGACAAAGGUUGCUCACUAUAAAAACUAAUACAUUGCCAGGUGAUAUGACUGAUAUCAAAGGUGAUGGAAGCUAGUCAGUCUUGUUUGAUGCUUGUCGCCUUGCAAAAUAUUUAGAAAACAGAGAUUGGAAAUGGAAGAUUAUUGUUGGCGUAUGGGUGGAGAUGCUAGUGUAAGCUGCAAGCCAAUGUAGGUCAGAUCACCAUGCUCAAGAGCUGGCUCAGGGAUGGGAGCUUCUAACUCAUGUAUGGUUGCUGCUGGCACACAUCGGGUUGAGUGAACAUUUCUGAAUAUCAGAGGGCCAUGCUCGAGUAGUAUUAGAUGUGACUUAAGGGUCAGCAUUACAAAGCUUUUUUUUUUUUUUUUAAAAAUUUUCUUUUUUUUGGGUUAUAUCCUGUUUCAUCUGCUGUAGAUUUCAUGUACAAUUUUUAUUCCCUACAGAACUCAUUGAAAUCUUAUCAAAGUUUAAUUUACAUUUAAGAAUAAAUUUGUUGACUUCUCUGGGCUUUGUUAGUAACUGGAUCUGUCAUGUUAUUGAUCUCGUGUAUAGACGCAGUCACACAACAAUUUCUAAAAUUAAAAAAAUGCAAACACCC